CUCGUCAACUUCAGUCGCUUCAGCAGUAUUUCAGUAUCGCUUAUUCCGCAUGUCUACGUAAGUUUGGAACAGCCUGCACAAGAAAGUGAAAACAUGGUAAGACAAAGAAGGAAAGAACUGAAAGAAUUGCCCCGAAGACAGACUGCUUUGAUGCCUCCACCACAGAGGAAGGUCGACCGCCCAACCGAAAGCACAUACGCCGACCCUUGGGCACCCAAGCCAUACACUGCCUUCAAAGCGCUGCUGUCGGCUCGUCUAUGCGCAGCGGUUUGGAGCAACAUAUCCGAUUGCGACGAAACGUACAACUAUUGGGAACCCACACACUUCUUAAUGUACGGCGAAGGAAUGCAAACAUGGGAGUACUCUCCGGCGUAUGCGAUACGAUCGUAUGCGUACCUUUGGCUCCACGCCUUACCCGGCUUAUUCUACAGCAGUCUGUUGCAGUCAAACAGAGUGCUCGUAUUUUACUUCAUGCGGUGCAUCUUGGGCUUUGUCUGUUCUCUGUGCGAGGUCUAUUUCUACAAAGGCGUUCUGCACUGUUUCGGAGCAAACGUUGCUCGUAUCAUGUUAGUGCUCAUGCUAUUCAGCACCGGUAUGUUCAUAUCGAGUACGGCGUUCCUUCCAAGCACGUUCUCCAUGUACGCUGUACUUGUGUCCUUCGGUGCGUGGUUUUUAGAUGAACACAGAAUAACAGUUUUCAGCACAGCGAUGGGGUCGUUAUUCGGCUGGCCCUUUUCCGCAAUACUUGGUUUGCCUGCCGCGUACGAUAUUGUGGUACUUCGUCGCAAAUCGUUUAAAUUUUUAACUUGGAGCGCGAUUUCCUUGGUCAUUCUCAUACCUCCACUGCUACUAAUCGACACCCAUUAUUAUGGACGCCUCGUUCUAGCACCUCUCAACAUCGUGAUGUAUAAUGUAUUCAGCAAGCAGGGUGCAAACUUGUAUGGAAUUGAACCAUUUUCCUUCUACUUCAAAAAUGCUACCCUGAAUUUCAACCUGGCAUUUCCUGCAGCUCUACUAUCGGCGCCCGUACUAGUACUAACCUGGCUGUGGAAACUACACAGAAGACAUUUCUUACUAGAAACACUCGCCUUGUACAUCUGGUGCGCAAUAUUCUUCACUCAAGCUCACAAGGAGGAACGCUUUCUUUUCCCCAUUUAUCCUCUGAUCUGUCUCUGUGCUGCCUUGUCUGUGGACAGGGUCCAAUUAACAUUGCAACACAUAUUUGGAAAAAAUACUAGAAUAAUUUCGUCCACCUGGGUCCACUUUCUUAUUUUUAGCAUACUGCUUUCAGUGUCAAGGACAGUGGCCCUGUACCGUCAUUUUCGGGCACCUAUGGAAAUUUAUAUGGAGCUUGGGCCAUUGGCAAACAGAGACGAUAACCAUUCCGUUAAAACCCCCGUGCUUCUCUGUGUUGGAAAAGAGUGGUACCGUUUUCCAUCAUCAUUCUUUCUUCCUGAAGGGUGGAGCCUGGGCUUCCUGGAAUCCGAGUUUAGAGGCCAACUUCCAAAGCCAUAUUCUAGUGCCAAGAAUGCCACAAGGAUAAUUCCCGAACACAUGAAUGAUGCAAACGUUGAAGAACGAUCUAGGUAUGUCAACAUAUCGCAGUGCAAUUUCCUUGUGGACACUGAUACCCCAGAUGAAACUGAGAAGGAGCCAAAUUAUUCGCGACUUCCCGAGUGGACACGUGUGUCGUCUGUGCAGUUUCUUGACAGCAAAAGAUCGCCAUUGCAUGGACGGAUGUUUUACAUUCCCUUUCUAACGGAUGAGUGGUGUUCGUACAAUAGUUACAAUUUACUGCAAAGGUUGACAAAGGCCAAGAAAGUUUAGUUGUCGUGUGCUGCUUAAGACAUUGGGUGGAUGUUGUAAUACAGUUGUGGGAACUUCAGUUCUGUGCUCCUUGUGAUUACCAAUGAAAUAUUAUGAUGUAAGGUAGCAGAUAAAUGUCAUUUUCAGCU